CCAGGGGCGCGCACAGUGAAGGCCGCGGCCGCGCUGCUGUUCGAUACACACAAUCGGCGGCGACAUGGCAUUGGCAGCCAAGCUCCUCCCGUCCAUCGUCGCGUUCGUGGCUCUCGCCUGCUGCGUCCUCCGCUCAUCCGUCGCGUCCGUCGACCACCACCGGAAGCUCUCCGGCUGGUCCAUCGGCGGCGCGACGUGGUAUGGCCCUGCCAACGGCUCUGGAACCGAUGGUGGCGCGUGUGGGUACCAGGGAGACGUCGGGCAGCCGCCUUUCAACUCCAUGAUCGCCGCCGGCAGCCCGUCCAUCUAUGAGUCCGGCAAGGGCUGCGGCUCUUGUUACCAGGUGAAGUGCAGCGGCAACCCCUCUUGCUCCGGCAAGCCUGUGACCGUCGUCCUCACCGACCUGUGCCCCGGCGGCGCGUGCCUCGAAGAGCCCGUCCACUUCGACCUGAGCGGGACGGCGUUCGGCGCCAUGGCAAAACCCGGCCAGGACGAUCAGCUCCGCAACGCCGGCAAGCUCCCAGUCCAAUACGCUAGGGUGCCGUGCAAAUGGCAGGGGGUGGACAUCGCGUUCCGGGUGGACGCCGGCUCCAACCAGUACUACCUCGCCGUGCUGGUCGAGGACGAGGACGGCGACGGCGACCUGUCGGCGGUGGACCUCAUGCAGAGCGGCGGCAGCGGCGGCGGCGGAUCUUGGGCGGCGAUGCAGCAGUCGUGGGGCGCGGUGUGGAAGUACAACUCCGGGCCGGCGCCGCUGCAGGCGCCGAUGUCCAUCCGCCUCACGUCCGGCUCCGGCCGGACGCUCGUCGCCAGCAACGUCAUCCCCGCCGGGUGGCAGCCCGGCGGCACGUACCGGUCCAUCGUGAACUUCAGGAGGGAGGAUUGAUGAGAUGAUAUGUAGGGGAUAUGUAGGGUGGUGGUCGCACGCGCGCGCAUGCACGGUACAACGGCCGGCGGCGUACGUGGCGCUAGCUUAGUUUAAUUAUGCUUGGAGCUAUGUAUAUCAGGGCACAAGUGGUUUGUGUGCGCCAUUGUUGCGCGUGGAGUGAUGGAGCUCUCUGUCAGCUCGAUCGACUGUGGUAGAAGAAUAAACAGAUCCUUCAGCUAAGCUAUUUGCCACAGUUGGGCACUUGGGCGUUGGCUCCGGUCCAUGUACCGAUCAGCCAGCGUGGUCCGGGGCUCCGGGCCGUCGCGGGGGAUAACGCGACUUGUGCUGGCUUCCGCGGUUCCACCUACGCACUUCGUUCGGUGGAAAAAGUCCUUUUUAUUUUUCUCAACUAAAGUUUUAGUUUGAUUCGCAUCCAUGGA